UCCAAAACAACUUUUUGAAGGUCUGCCUUUGAUUUCACGGUCUGCACAUGCGCUGUUUGGCGCGAGACGACCGUUAGACCCGAUGACGUUUUUCAACGCAUGAGUUUAGCAAGCAAAAGACACCGUGACCUUCGCCUACAACAAGCGUGAUCGGGGUUUUCUAUUGGAGAAGCAGUUUCUGCCCAUCUUUAUAUUGUACGGUCUUUGCUGUGAUCAUGCGCUAUUCGUAUUUUGCUAACAGGAACCGGAUGAGGGCUGGUUCCCGUGCUGACGUCCUUGGCAAACAGCGACACGUGGAGGACCAACAUGCAAAGACAACAACAGUACUCGCUUUAGCGUCACCCAUGUUGACAAAAUUAUCAACGUCCAGGAUAAACAACGAUGUUGAGGAGGAACUACAACGACAUAAGGUAGAAAGUUGUUUAUGACUAUGUUGUCGAUGUUGCAUCGUUUUGCACGUUCAUUGUCGUAUGUCUGCCUCGGAUGCUGUACAUUAACUGGCCAUGCAUUUGCGUCUAAACUACAUUAAUCCGGUUUUAGCCCCCAUGAUAACCGCUCGUGGAGUUGCAACGGGCUUUCAUUGUGCAGCCAAAGCAAUGAGCGCUGCAGCAGGUUCAUCGCCAUUCGAGCCUCCAGAGCAUUGUCUGCCUGGAGUCCAGGAAACACGCCCUGGGAGCCCGCCGCGACUGCAGAGACUGGUCGACAUUCCGGGAUGCCAACCGGACCGAGUCAACGACUUGCUUCUACUCUGUAACGUUACUUCGGAUUCACAGGGACGGUGCGGUUCAGACGCCGAAGAUCGCAGUGCACAUGUUGUGUUUUUCCCUGGAGACAUACAGAAUUUCCAGCAGGAGAUGUCGCUCCAGCCAGAGGGGGCGCAGUGGCUAUCCUGGAGCCUGGAGAACGUCGCCCUCACCCUGGGUCGCCGCUUCCCUGACCGCCACGUGUGGGUGAUUCGAGCCUCCCGCAUGUACCUGCACAAGUUCAGCUGCUAUCACAACUUUGUGGAGAGCAACCUGUUUGGAGCGCCCGAGCACUCACCUGACUACGGAGCAUUUCGCCACCUGAGGGCACUGCUGAGCAACGGCAUGGAGCGCGCUGGCUUGCCCAACCCCCUCCCACUUCAAAGGGGUGGCGACACAGUCGCCCCGGGUUUCUCCUUGGCCGUGGUGGGCUUCAGCAAAGGCUGCGUGGUGCUCAACCAGAUGGUGUACGAGCUGGCGAGGGCACGGGCUGACCCGGAGCUGGGGCCAUUUGUGGAGCGCCUUUCAGACAUGUACUGGCUUGACGGUGGCCACCCGGGAGGCAGCGAGACCUGGGUGACUGACAAGCGGGCGCUGGGGGAACUGGCGGCCAGCGGGGUUGCGGUCCACGCCCACGUGACACCGUACGAAGUGCGUGACCCCAUGCGAGCCUGGGUGGGCCGAGAGCAUGGGCGCUUUGUCAAGAAACUUGAGGAUCUAGGGGCCCGACUCAGCCAGAAGAUGCACUUUGAGGAUGAGCCUGCAUCCAUCGAGAACCACUUCCGGAUCAUCCAGGAUUUCUGAGGCGUUUGUUCAUUCCUGAUUGUCUAUUGGCAUGCAAAGUAAAAAAAAAAUACUGGCAAAACUUGAUUUGAUUUGCAAAUU